CUGACCCACUCUCGUCGCACGCAACGCAAGUAGCAAAGCAGGACCCAUCCUCUCCCAUCUCUCGGUCUCCCCAUCCCAACCCGCCGCCGCCGCCGCCGCUUCUCCCGUCUCCAGCGCCCACAGCGCCAUUGUAUCCGCGGGGCGAGCUGAGUCACCAAGCUGGUCUAGGGCCCAUCCAUUUGGAACCCUCGCGAGAAGCAAAGCGGACGGAGCGCCAGCGUUCUUAGAUCGAUUGCUCGCCAGGCUGUUGGCGAGGAGUCGUCAACCCUCACGGCAGCCAUGUCUGUGGAGCUCAUCCUGUGGCUUUUCUCCUUCGUCUCCGUCAUGGUCCUCAUCGGCCUCACCGCAUACCAGCUUAUCUGUCUGUCAGAUUUGGAGUAUGAUUAUAUCAACCCAUAUGAUUCAUCGUCUCGCAUCAACGCUGUGGUGCUGAUAGAAUACUCACUCCAAGGGGCCCUGUGUGCUUCUUUCCUCUUGACAUUGCAUUGGUUCCCGUUUCUAGUCAUGACACCAGUAACAUACUACCAUGUCAAACUGUAUUUGGCUCGGAAACAUCUUGUAGAUGUCACUGAAAUUUUUAGACAAUUAAGUGACGAGAAGAAGUACAGGAUGAUCAAGCUUGCCUUCUACUUCUGCCUAUUUAUUAUAACUAUUUACAGGCUUGUAAUGACAGCUGUGAUGUUGUUUAUUGAUGAGGACAUAAAUUUGGCAGAAACUAGGAGUAUCUAGACUUCGCCACCAACUUGUCAUGGGGAUGGAGCAGAGUUGUAGCUUGAACCAGGGAGACCACAACUCAAUGCCUUGACUUAGUUGUGAGAAACAAGAUCAGUUUGUGCCCUGUAGCUGGAGGAGCUAACCUGGUACUCCUUUUACCCUAAAUCGUAAGUUGUUUUAGUUUUUUCUAGAUGCAUAGCUUUUACGAUGUAUCCUCCAGAUGCAUAGUAAAAGUUAUAUAUUUAGAAAAAACAGAACAACUUAUAAUUUGGAAUGGAGUAUUCAUUUCAUCCAUCAGAUUGUGAUGUACAAUGAAUUCCCAUAGUUUGGUCCAUCGGUACCAUGUUUGUAAAUUGGGCAGUCAAUGAUGUGCAUCACUGCAGGAUGAACGCACGUUUGGUAAUUGUUGUGCAAUUCUUUGUACUUGUGGACAAGUGCUGUAUUCUACACAUUGUUUGCAUACAGACGAUGUGUGGUUGGUGUCAUAAUUUACCACUAAACCUUUGGU